AUAAAUAUAAUAAAGGCUGGAAACUUACAUAAAACUUCCGAAGCGAAGUCAUUUUUGUUGCCAAGAGUUACCCCUCUUUAAGUCUCGGAUAGCAGGGCGGAAUUAUUUCAAUCACGCAAUAACACUAAUUCCUUGUUCUUUUAAAAAUCUUCAAACGUUAAAAAUAUUUUUUGUUGUCGAUAUCCGAAUAACAUUUUCUUUCAUAAUUCAUUUACCAGCAACUCGAAACUCAAACAUUUUAAAUUUGCAAGUCAAAAUCGACCACAACUAGAUAACACACUAAUUUAAAAUGGAAAACCAAAAAGUAAAACAAAUCAUAUUCACAGAUAAAUCAGGGAAUGAAUUAAAAACGAUAGAUCUAGAUGGGGUACCGAUACCGGCAUUUCCAGAAGAGGGGUUAGGAAAGUCACAUGGUGAACAUUUCAGGAAGCUUAAGGAAAUGACCAUAAGAGACGAUGAUGUUAUUAUAUGUGCUUAUCCCAAAGCAGGAACUCAUUGGAUCUGGGAAGUGAGUCAGAUGUUGAAAGGCCAAACAACAGAAUAUCAUAAACAUAUUAAAGAGCAGCACAUGUUCGAAUCUACGAAUAUUGAUAGUUUUGACGCAGAACCCUCACCGCGUGUUCUUAAUUCACAUUUAUGGCCACGACAUUUACCUAAACAAAUGUUUGAAAAGAAAACGAAAAUAAUUUACCUCAUUCGUAAUCCCAAAGACACGGUAGUUUCCUUGUUCUUUCAGUAUAAUGCACUAGAAAAAUCAUUUGGUUACCAUGGCAAUUUAAGUGAUUUUAUAGAUCUUAACGUCAAUAAAGGAUUCCAUUAUGGUCUGUGGUAUGAGUAUGUUCUAGAAUGGGAAAAGUUCCUUAAAACAACUGAAAAUCCAUUUUAUCAGUUAUCUUAUGAGGACAUGCAGCAGAAUCCUCUACAUCAUGUAAAAGGUUUGGCUAAAUUUCUAGAAACUGAUGUCUCUGGUGAAUUAUGUGAAGAGAUAGUAGAUGCCUGCUCCUUUAAUAAACUAAAAAACGCCAAUGAUGAAGUAAAAGAAGAUUUUAUAAAACCUUAUUUCAAAGAAGGAACUUCAUUUUACAGAAAAGGUAAAGUUGGUGAUUGGAAGAAUUGGUUAACUGUAGCUGAAAGUGAAAAUAUUGAUCGAAUGACAGCUGAGAGAAUGAAACACAGUCAAAUUAAAUUUAAAUAUACAAUUUAAAACACAAACCCAAAACAUAGGAUGAUAAAUCUACAUUAUACAAUGAUUGAUAAUAGACGAGAUAUUUGUAGAAUUCAAAGAUAAAGAAGGUGUUAACAAUCAAA